UUGCUCUAGAACACAGCAAAUAUUCGACGCAGAAUUGUAGUGACUCGCAGAUGUAAACGGGGUGCUCCAAAGAGGGUGCGGAGGCAGGAAUCCAAUAUGUCGGCCGGACGACGACGGCCUCGGACAGUGAAGUGAUUCGCGCUUUUCCGUCGCAAAAUAUCGGAUUUACGUUGCGUAUACACGCCACACCAGUCGUGUCGUCUGUUGUGCACCAAUCUGCUGACAACCAGUGGCCGGCCUGAUGGACUCCGGAUAGAGAAGCUGCCGUUCAGGUAGCAAGACAAGGGCAAGAAUUUGGCUGAUCGGUUUGUCAGUUGGUUGUGGGGCGCUCAACCAAGGCGCGCAUCCCUGCCAAAACCAGGCCGAAAUCAGGAUGUCGAAGGCAUGCACUGACGGGGGUUACCGGCCUAGUUUGGCCUCGAUUAACCCAAGCCUAACGUGCGCACUCUGCAAAGGCUACCUCGUGAACGCCAUGACUCUCAUCCGAUGUAUGCACUCUUUCUGUAAAAGCUGCAUCCACAGACAUCUGGACACGAGCAGCGCUUGUCCCACCUGUCAACAGCGAGUCUUCCGCAGUCGGAUGGAUUUGCACAUGGUGGCCGACAAUACCCUACAGUCGAUCGUAUACAAAACAGUUCCUGGCCUGUUUGCGAACGAGAUGCGUCGUCGAUGGGAUUUCUACGAGCAAAACGAAGAUUCGCCAGACGCCAUAAAGGAUAAAGAAGUUCGGAAGGUCACAAGUGUUGCUCUCCGGCAAAUCUUCACGGAACAGGAUUGUAUAUCACUUGUACUCGAGCAUCGACAAGAACAGGCUGGAGGACCGAAGUUUCUUAACAUGUAUUUGAAUUGCCGAGCUAAUGUACCGGUUUGGGUAAUAAUCAAAUUUGUGCGGAAUAAGUUCUCUCCCCCUGCUUCGUUGGCUAUACACCUCCAUCUAGAGAAGGUAAACGUCAACAAGCCAAAGUUAGCGUACCUAAAUAAAGGCGUCACAAAGGAUUCUAAAGAUAGCAAUGAGGACAAAGACAAGGAUCGACUGCUGCUUGAUCCAGACCUCACCCUCAUUGACGUCUGCUAUAUAGCUGACUACAAAUUUGAAGGACCGCUUAAGCUGAGUUUUAGAUUUGUCGAAUUUGAUCCGUCUCUGGGUAGUAAGGCUAAGGCACUAUACGAGCCACUGGCGCCACUCGAACCAGCUAAAAGUAAAAGCAAUUCGAAUUUAAAACAGCAGCAGCCGCCACGGCAGCAGAACGUGAACGGGAAGCAUGUCUUCAUAGCCAAUGGCGGAAUAUUGUCGUCAGGCAGUAAUGUGCAAUAUGGAAAAUAUAAGGUUGACACGAAGAGUAUAGACAUGGCUCGGGGUGCAUUGCUCAAUGGCAACGUUAGCACUACAAAGGGCGGCACCAGCUCUAAUACCAGUAAGAGCAAAACGUACUCGCGGGCGGGGGGUGUCGCUACGAUGAUUGCCCCUGGUCAGGUUGGGCAACUUCCGCAGCUCAAGUCAUUAGCGCUUGGCCCGGGCGUACUGGAAAAUUGUAACCAUGAAACGACAGGUGAUUCAACGGAAGAAGAAGAGGCCGAUAAUUGGGAUUCGAACGUUUCUACAACAAUCGACCGAACGCUUACAACAUCUCAACAACAAAAUACCUCUGUCGGCAACCAUAGUAGUCAUGUAAACCAAACCAGUAACAAACAACAGCAACUGCAACAUCAAUCGCUCAUCAAUGGUAACGCGACCGAUAAGAACAUAUCUUCGUUGCCUAAUCUAGGUCGUCACGUACAAUGUGUGUCAUCUCAAAAUUCGACAAAACAUUCCAAAGCCCUAAUCGCAAACUCUCCAUCCCUAUCCUCAGGCCAAGUCCAGAUAAAAUCCGCUAACGGAGUUAGCGCGUCGACAGUUGGCCAACAGAAGAAGAAUCAAGCGAUUGUUUCGCGACCUCAAACUCUCAAGGUGACCUCUUCACAAGUGUCUGUGGACGCAACGGUUCCACAGAAAUCUUACCAGAUGCAACAGACUACUGUAGGAAGAAAUCAGCAUAGCAAUGUAGGUAGCAAGGUUACAUCGUCGUCGUCGUCGUCAUCAUCAUCGCCACCCUCAUCAUCAUCAUCAUCAUCAUCGUCGUCGACAGCAUCAUCGUCAGCAUCCUCUUCCUCAUCACCGCAAUCAUCGUUGUCAGUAGAAAAAGAUAAAACAGCAGCGGGCAAGCAGAUAUUGAGCCCAGCUAUACAGCAGUCGUCACCUGUCGGCCAUCACAAAACUAACCAAGGACACAAAAACAACCAUAAAAAUUCACCGUGUACGUCUACGAGUUCGUCAACUGGUUCUUCAACGCACCAUCAUCACCAUGGACACUCACACCAUGGAGGCACUCAUAAAUCUGGCCAUAUUGUACCUUCUGUAGUAUUAUCGCCAACAACAGCUUCUGCCUCAACCGUGGCCGGAAAACCACCGACCGUAUUAAAAAUUAAGCUAAAUACCAGCCCAACCACCAGCGAAACGCUCACGAUUACUUCACCCCCAUUACGAGACAACCGUCACACGACGUUCGAGAAAAGCAGCACCACGCCAAAGAGCUUAGAACCAGAGUAUCCUGCCGUCACGUCAAUUAAAAUUAAGCCAAUAGUAGCUCCCGCAUCCUGUGGUCCGGUGACACGGAAAAGUCCAUCGCCGCCGACAUCGACUCGCGAUACCCGGGGGUCAGCCGUAGAUAGUGGCCGUAAGAAGCGAAAGAGUGAUGAGGAAAGAAAACAUUCUCUAGCAGCUGAUGAGAAGAAGGCGAAAAAGGCCAAGACCAAAAAAGGAAACUCGUCGCAGGCCGUUAUCAAUAACGCUGCCUUCGUAUCAGAGCAAGCAACGGAUCUCCUGGGUACGCAAAACUUCGGCUGGGGCAGCGCUGCGCUUUUAUGGGAAUCUCAACUCCGCAUCCCGAGUCCAUUGACAGUACCAUUUACCGUGUCGUUCGCUAGACGCCAAGCCAAUCAGUUAAAAGAGCGUCAGAAGGCUCAAAAGCACAGGUCACACGGUGGAGAUGUCCGAGAGUCGUCUAGAUCAAAGCAGGAUAAAUUUCUAGAAACGAACUUCCAGUUAAGCAAACAAACUGUCAUUGUGAAGCAGCCUCAAAACCGAAUAUGGAGAAUGCGACGCCAAGUGUCCCCUCCUGCACCGCUGAUCAAGCUGCCCCCGCCAGAUUUCGUGAUGUCCUCUACUCUAGAGGCUGUUCUAAAGGCAAUAGUUGAUGACAAAGCCGGUGACGAAACAGAUGAUACUUCAUCGCGCAACGCUGACUAUUCAAAUGGUGCUUGCCGAUCGCAGUCGGACUCCGAGCUGCUUUUAGAUUCAAUGCGACUGGGGAAUAGUCCUAGCGGGGAUAUCAAUGCUGAUGUGUUCCGUAUGGAAUUCCCCGUGGCGGCGGUCGAGUGUGCCUCACCUGCGAAUCUGCUAGCCUUCACGUCUUCCUCAUCUGCGGCAUCCAUAUCCGCUACAGAACGCUCCCAAAGCUUUAGUGCAUUAAGUACGAGUUGCUUGCUGCAAGCGACUACCCAAACGACGAGACGACAUUCGGCUUCCGGUACCGAAAUGAAAUUCAGCAUUAGCAAUAUUCUUUCCAAUGUCGGCGCUCAAAACACGAAGCCAACCCUUGUUGAAGCAACGAUAAAUGUCAAAGAGUCUAAUGUACAGGAGACAAUCGAAGUGUGUAUUACCAAUCUUAGCCGCUUUUUCUGGGCUUUGGAAACGUGUAGCGAACGAACUCGCUAUCGUCUAGCCGAAGUCUGUCUUUUCAAAAGGCCGGUGUUGGAGAAAAUACUUGCUAUCGUGCGCAAACUUACCAUUGUUGUAGCUCCAAACCAGAUCGAGCGGGUGCUUCAGUUAGAAAGUGCGGUAGAAAAAUAUUUUCUAGAACCGCCCGCCUCGGCAACACCGGCAUCAGUGAGUCCUCUUGCUCUGCCAGAACAGGUCACAGAUAAGGAGCCCUUUACAUCUGGACAAAAUGACGAUGAUGAUGAUUCGUGUGUGCAACAGCGAGAACAGACGAACUUGAAGGAAUUAGUGAGGGGUGAGCUACCAAAGCGAGAUGAGGAUUCUCUAAGAAUUGAACUAGAUGCAAACGAUGACAAUAGUGAACAAGUGAUCGAUGCAAAAUCUGGUGUACCGUUAGUGAUAAGGAAAAACUUGGAUAAUUCACGGAAUCAGAAGUUGCAAGUAGUAGAAAUUGACAGCAAGAGAGUUACUGAAGUAAAACGCGAACUACCCGACGCACUGGAAGCUUCAAAAGCGCUGAAAGAAGAGGAUUCUAAUAACAUCAAGACACCAUGUAAGCCUGACAUUAAGGCCAUCGAAUGCAACGAAGUUAGUGAUAAUCCUACCGCUAACGGUGAACAUGCACCAAAGAAGGAGAUAAAAAUGGAUUUGCUCGAAUCAUAUCCAAAUGCUAACGAGAAUGAUCACAAAAUUAACGAUGUCACAAUGUUAGAGGUCUCGUCAAGUCUUAUCGAUGUCAUCGAGAAAGUUAGCAGGUUAAUAGAGAGUGAACGAUCUGACAGUGGCAGUAAUGUUCAGGAGACGUCUGUCCUGCUGUCGGAGGAGAAUCUUGAGAUAUCGUUGAGCGGGGAAGACCAACCGCUAAGUGCAUUUGAGCCUGAGCCCGAAUCCGACGAUGUGGUCAACUCAACGGAAACAGCGAUGGAACUUGACGAAUGCAGCGCCUCCAGUGACAACCUAAAUGCUGAGCCGGUAAAAUCUGCUGUCCUGGACGAAAUUGAAAUGGUUGUCGAUCUACUGCCUACCAAGGUCUUCCCCGAACCCAUUGAAAAUCCAUAUGGAUUCCCUGGAUCGUUUGGAUACAAUAUGUGCAAAUCGUUAGUUCCUUACGUACCCAUCACCCAAGUUUUCAGUUCAUCAUACAGGCGGACAAGUUGGGAGAGACAGACGGCGGUGGCGGCCAGUCGAACAGUUGGAGAUGGCGGUACGGUUGAAUCGUGUGCUCACUUGCCCCACGAAGCUGUACACGGCACCGGCUACACGAAAACGCUACCAGAGAAUCGGGGUGUGCAAGCAAUGGCAGAGGAGCCAGCCGAGAAACAGACGCGAAGCGAGGCGGCCAGGCUGGGGGCCGGCCUAACCCAGGGAUGCCAGCACUACGGAGGGAUCGCUAGAGAGAAAUGA